AUUUACUAAAAAGUACUCCAAAAGUAAAUUUCAUAUCCAAAGGAGAAGAAACUUUAAGUAUCAAAAUUUUGUUAAAAUAACAAAAUUUAUUACAACAUGCAUAAAUUAUUGCAAGCUUUCUUUAAUACGUGUAAUCAAGAGUUAUCUUUUUGUAUUAUAAUCUCAAUAAAUAGUCAAUGAAUCAAAGGUAAUCCAAACCAAUAAGAAACAACUUUAAGAACUUCUUUGUUCUUUCUCACAAGUCAAGCUUCUUAUAAUAUUACUCAACUUUCUUUCAAAAAUUGUUAAUAAAUCCAAACUAUGUAAUUAACAUAGGUUAAUGAAAAACUAAAAAAAAAACUCAAGGCUCAAAACUAUAAACAAAAACUCUCCCUUCCCUUUCAAAGCAAGCAAGAAAAAAGAGCCAAAAAAAAACUACAAAAACCCAGAAAAGACAAUAAUCCAUUCAUCAUUAUCAUCAUCUUCUUCCUUUAUUUUCCUCCUUCAAAUGGAAGAAGAAGAACCACUAAAACCAGUAGAAUUCAAUAAUCUACCAAAAGAUAUAAUCUUUGACAUUUUUUCAAGAAUCCCAUUAAAAAACCUCUAUCAACUUAGAUGUGUUUGUAAGAAAUGGGUAUUUUAUCUACAUGAAAACCCAGAAUUCAGAGGUUUUUAUCACCAAAAACACAAAAUCAACCCAAUUUUACUCUUCACUCAACAAAUUACUGAAAAUCCAACAACCCAAUUAUCUUCUUAUUACAUUGAUGGUACCCAACAAAGUCAAAUUUCCACCAAUUUUGCUCAAUCUUUAGUUUCAAUUCUCACCUGCAAUGGAAUUCUGUGUUUAAUCUCAAAAACCCAUGCUUUUUUUUAUGAUCCAAUAACAAAACAACUCUCUAAUCUCCCUAAUUCUAACCGUUUCAAUUCAAGUUUCAGCUGGGCAUUUGGGUAUUCUUCGUUUCGAAACGUUUUCAAGGUUCUUCAUUUUUACACCAUUGAAACAUUUGAUAAUUUUCAUUAUUGUCAAAUGCAGGAGGUAAUGUGUGAAAUUCUGACAAAACCCAGUUCAGAUCUUGGGGUUGAUUCUCAAGAAGAGUGGAAAUUUAUUGGGAAAUGCCCAUUUGAUAUUUUGGGUAGGAAAAAUUAUGCAUUUGUUGGUGGGAAAUUUUACUGGUUAAUUGGGGAAAAGAAAUUUAACCCAGAUUGUAUAAAAAUCAUGUCUUUUGAUUUGGAAAUUGAGAAUUUUGGGAUGGUUUCUUUCCCUAAAACAUGCUCAAAUCGUUCAGUUGAAUGUUUGGAUUUGGUUGAAAUUAAGGGUAAAUUGUGUUUAACUGAUAGAUUACCAUGGGAAUCAAGCAUGGAUGUAUGGAUGAUGGUGAAAGAAGAUGAGGGUUUUUUAAAUUUGUGGGUUAAGAAAUAUAAGAUUGAUCUUAUGGGAAUUAAUCAUCAUGAUGUGAGAAUUUUGGGUCAUUUGAAUAAAAAUAAUGGUGAUUUUGAAGGUGAAGGUGAAAUUUUGAUGAAAAUUGGGGGAAAAAGUUUUGGUUUUUAUGAUCUUGAUUAUGGAGUUUAUAAAGAUUUAGUAGGUGAAAUAAACAUGCAUGAAUGGGGUUUGCAAUUGAUGCUCAAUAGAAAGUUUCUAUUAUAGGAAGUGAAUGUGUUAGUUUUGUAGCUUCCAUUUUUAGGGAGUUUUUGUUUUGUAAAAAGUGUAGAUUCUAUCUUCAAUUGUAAAACACAUGAGAUGAUAAUGGAAAAAGAAAUUUUACUACCCAAAAAAAGAAGAGAAUUGGAAAAAAAGUUGGGUACAAAAAAGAAGAAAAAAAAAAAGACUAAAGAGUAGAAUUAUUGUACUCAUAUCUUGGUUAGUUAUUUCAAGUUAUUAUGAAUGUAAUUUUAUGUCCUUUUAGAUAUGGACAAAAAGGAGCUUGAAUUUUGUAUCUAUAAAGCAAGUAUAUGAGUCAAUACUUCAUUUA